AUCUACCCAUCUCACCAAAAUAUCUAAGAGCUUCUUCUUCUUCUGGCUAGGGCUUCCACGCCGACGACGGCUGCCAAAUAAUUUCAAUUUCAUCUUUUCUUCUACAAGGAAUCAUGAAGCCAGUCUUCUGUGGGAACUUUGAGUAUGAUGCUCGUGAGGGUGAUCUUGAACGCCUCUUCAGGAAAUACGGCAGAGUUGAGAGGGUCGACAUGAAAGCUGGAUUUUUAAUCUUGGGAUGCCCAUACUCCUACCAUGCUAUGGCAUGACCAUAAGGAAAUCUAUCUCACUGUCCCAACAAAACGAGUCACUUUCCUUCCGCAAAUGGCACUGCCAUCUUAAUUACAUUUCCUUCUUCAUGACUUUGGACACAUUCCUCUGCCAUGGAGCACUCUGUUUUCAUUCACAUUCCGUCUUGACUACCACAUUUUCAGUUGUUCCUUGACAUAUAUUAUUCCAUAAUACAAGGGUUUGCUUUCGUCUACAUGGAAAAUGAAAGGGAUGCUGACGAUGCAAUCCGAGGGCUUGACCGCAUUGAAUUUGGGCGUAAGGGACGCAGACUUCGUGUUGAGUGGACAAAGGGUGAACGUGGAGGUGAUAGAAGAAGUGGUGGUGGUGGUGGUUCAAGAAGAUCUUCAUCCAGCAUGAGACCUUCCAAGACUCUGUUUGUGAUAAACUUUGAUGCGGACAAUACCAGGACCCGGGAUCUAGAGAGACACUUUGAGUCAUACGGCAAAAUUGUAAACGUCAGAAUCAGGAGGAAUUUUGCAUUUAUCCAAUACGAGGAACAAGAGGAUGCAACGAGAGCACUUGAAGCUACAAACAACAGUAAGCUGAUGGACAAGGUGAUCUCGGUGGAGUAUGCAAUGAAGGACGAUGAUGCAAGAGGGAAUGGACAGAGUCCCGAUAGACGCCGUGAUAGGUCACCUGAAAGGAGAAGACGAUCACCUUCUCCUUACAAAAGAGAAAGAGGGAGCCCUGAUUAUGGUCGAGGGGGUAGUCCCGUUGCUGCGUACAGAAAGGAAAGGACCAGUCCUGAUUAUGGGAGAAGACGUAGCCCGAGUCCUUACAAGAGAUCGAGGCGUAUGAGUCCAGAGUAUGGUCGCGACCGCAGAGGCAAUGAGAGCCCUCGCAGGAGGGAGAGAGUCGCAAGUCCCAACAACAAGAGAGAGAGGAGGAGCCCUGAUGAUAGCCCGUUUAAGAAGGAGAGCCCGAAGAAUGGAGGUGGUGAAGUUGAAAGCCCCAGGAGGGAGAGGUCGAGGUCUAGCCCUGAGAAUGGCCAAGUCGAAAGUCCUAGCUCUAUUGGGAGAAGAGACAGCGAUGAUGGUGCAGAAAGCCCGAUGCAGAAGAGCCGGUCUCGUUCGCCUCCAGCUGAAGAGUGAAUGAAAGUGGAUCCAACCAUCUCUAUCAAAGUAGACUGCUGUAGUCAAACUCUUGUGUCCUCGUGUUUAUUAUCUGUCUCUUCAUACAUUCAAACUCGGAUCUCUUCCAUUGUCGGAUUGAAAAACUUGGUCUUGUAUGCUUAAAAUCUUCCUUCUUACUCUAUUUUUCGUUUUAGUCGUA